AUGAGGGUAUCUUUGGGUGUCCAGAUCGAACGCGAGGGGUGUUUCCGUCCAGGGCACGGACUUCAUGACCAGGGACGUUCCGUCGCACGAGGCGAUGUGCUGGAAUGGGACCACGAAGGAGCGGGAUAUGCGGACAAACUCAUCGUCCCCGAUGAGCUGGAUCAAAUACUUGAUGGUGCAAAAGCGGGUGUAUUUAACGCCGCCCACCGUAUAGACAUCCGUCUCGUUCCCGUUCUUCUUGCAAUAGAAGAUGUCGUCAAUGGGUAUGUGCUGGCAGUUGCCCCCGUCGCAAACAUCAAGCAUUCUGGCAUAUUGACAAACGACCCUGACCUCCGUUUCCAAAGACUGCCGAAGCUGUUUCCUCUCCCCCAACAUGUAGGGGAAGAGGUUGAAGGCGAAGUUGCGGCUGAAGACCAGGAACAGGAGCUUGGAAAAAUAAUGGAACGCCCCGACUUCUUUGAUCCGCAAUGCAUGGCAUUGUGA